CUUGUAGAACUACAAAUCUAAGGCCGCAUCCUCACUGCAGAAAUAGUCUGGUUUGACCCCACUGUUAACGGCUAGUCUGCCAUCCUAUAGACUCCUGGGAUUUGUAGUGUGGGGAGGCAUAUGCAUUCGCAAGCCUGGUGCAACCAGAUAAUGAUAAUAGUCCAAUGACCAAAUAAUCCCUGGUGCAACCCACUGUCUCCUGGAGUCACCUUGUGUGCAGUUUCACUCCCGCAUGAUGCGCUGCCUUCUGGAAGGGCCCAGAGUUCAUUGGAGAGCAUAGUUGAAGAAACAACAUAAUGAAAACUUGAGUAGUCAUUUAAGGAAGUCUAAGGUCUAAAACACACUGCAGAAAUGAUCCAGUGUGACACCAUCAACCUGCCAGAGAUUCACCAUAGAACCGUGUGCUGGAGGACUUACAAAUGUCUAGAUAAGUGUUUUGUUUAUGAACCUCUAGGUUCUCCAGCACAUGUCUAUGGUCAGUGUCUGACAGAGUCACGCUGGAGGAUCUAGAGAUAACACAUUAACCGAAACGGAGAAUAAUCAGAGCUGCAAAAGUCAAAGCCGCAAAUGUGAGAGCUGACUGUACAACAAAAUGUAGAACACUCCAUGGGAUGUAAAUACAUCUGCAAGGCACUGUAAAUAUUUAAGUUCAUAUUGAGAUUCAUUAACUCAUAAUUCAUGCUGCAGCUAAAAGGCAUUCCACCAUAUACUGUGGCUCAAUACAAUGCAGAGCUUGGAGGACAGGCGGAUGGUGCAUAUCUCUUUUAAUAUGGAACAAGAAGAUGAUUUAGGACAUCAGCAGCUGCGCAAAAGUGCCCUAAAUCAGCAGAAUGAGGUCUUUCGUCUUCCGAAUAUCUGCUCAUUAGUGAACAGCUCUCAUGUAGCUAAUAAUCAUUUGCAAAAGGAGUUCUUCUCUCUCAAGAUGAGGAACUGUUCUCUGUUUAAAGCUGUCCCACUGCCUCAUAUUGGCAAAAAAGUGCCACCCUGUUUCAGUGACAGGGCCAGCGGAGCUGCGUCCUCCAAGGAAUCACUUAGUCUCCCCUUUUCCCCAGAAAAAGAUCUAUUUGAGAAGCUCUUCAAUCAUUUUGAUAGCACUGCAGUCAUGGGCUGGCUGGAGACAGCCCAUACUCUUAUUAGUGAGAUGGGGGAAUGGAGUUGCUCUGGACACAAUUUUGUUCAUUUUGCACAUUUCUGGCUGUCUGAGCUCCAGUUCAACCAAAAGCAACAAUUGUUGGAACUGGAAAUGGGAGUUAUUGAGGAUGAAGUUCGCCUUGCGUUUCUUGAGGGUUCAAACUCCAAGGAAGUCCCCUCUUCAGAGUUGAACUCUGUUCUUGCUGCUGCGCUCAGUGAAUACCGCAUGGGACUUGUGAACAACCAGAAACCAUACAUUUUCCUUGACUAUUUACACUUCAUGUCUUCAGUAGAUGCGUCUGGAUAUAAGGAAAUGCUUUCAGGCAUACAGUAUACAAUCAAAAACCCUCAGAUAGCCCAGUGGUUACUAGCUAUACGAGCAUUUGCACUCGCCAGUCUCUGGCAUGCAAUAGUGAAGUUCUAUAAGACAUUGGUCAGUACCCAGCUCUCCUCUGAACAACCUGACAAGAAUUCUGUUUCUGCCAUUAGAAAGCAAUCCAGUGAAGUGGUUAAAGAAAGAGCUCUCCAGACUGUUCAGAUGGGAUACGCGGAUGUCUUGGAUUAUCUUGUUAGAAGCCAGAAGCUGGAUCUUGGUGUUGUUGAUGAAAAAAACAGAAACCUUUUAUUUUUAGCCGCUAUAUAUGAUCAGGCUAAGAUUUUGGAUUAUUUCAUUGAAAUGGCAUUUCCUAUACCUGAUGUAAACCAAGCAGCAGAGAAUGGAAACACACCCCUUCAUGCUGCUGUAAACACUGGAAAAAUGCAUCUCGUCUCUUUGCUGUUGCAUUACCCUGGAAUUAAUGUGAAUGUUCAGAACCCACAGUGUGAUGGAGCGACGCCACUACAUCUUGCUAUUGCUUAUGGGCAUCUGGGAAUUUGCUAUUUGCUGCUGAAUGCUGCUGCUGAUGUGCAACAUCCCAUGGGAGGGUUAACACCUUUGCAACUUGCUGAAAUGUUUGGUAACGAAACUAUAACCGGACUUAUAAAAAUGCACGUGAAGAAAUUUAGGCUCGAAAAUAAAUUGUUUGCAUAAUCAGCUGUACUGACAAAAAUUCUGUAGAGUUUAUUUAAAACAGCCAUUCUCAUUUUGUAUUAAAGCUUUCCCCCCAAAAAAAAUUUGGGUUGUUCUAGUGCUGUCUUCAUUAAAAGUGAGUCUGCCCCUGGCCCAGCAGUGCUGCUUGAAUUACUAAUUCUGUUUCAUAUGGUUAAAAAAAGGAAAUCUACCCGGCUGCUUGCUGAUUUUCUUGUCCUCCUGGUUUUCCCUACUAAGCUUGACUGUAGCAGAGGACACAGACUGGUGGAGAAGGAGCAUGGGACUCCCCCAAAGUCACCCAAUGGGUUUCAUGACUGAGCUGGGAAUCG